CACACUUUCCCGCGACAAAUCCCCUACGCGAAGAUGCCUGCCAUCAACGCCAUCGUCGCCCGCGAUGCGGCGCACCAACUCGCGAAACGCAACUGGGCAGCGCAAGAACCCGGCGUCGUAAUCGUCUUCUGCAUUCUCGGUGCCGUCGGUAUCGGGAUCCUCGCCGUGCUCCUCUACAAGUACAUCUCGCGCAAGAGGGCCGAGAAGGAGGCCCGUGUCUCCCAACGAAUCUAACCACUCCUUGGUUUAUUUUUUAUUUUUUACCUUCUCGACUUGGUGCAAACCCGUUU